CCUCUAGUUUCAGGGUUUAGCCUCAAGCGAAGAGUUAAACCCUUUUUAAAUAAAGCUUUGUUCACCAAAAUCUUCCCUCUUCUCUCCGUUUUUUCCUCUUUUUUCCCUCUCUACUCUGCUCUGGUAUGGGGUUGGUUUCUGCUCUCCUUUUCAGCCAUGAGUCAGUCAUCCCCAUUCCCAGACAAAGAGUUCUCAUAAACCCUCUCUAAAACCUCUCUUAUUUACAGCCCCACUGUCACCUGCAGAAAAGGGGGAAAUAUUAACAAAGCAAAUCUUUUUAACUGUUUAUUAUAAACGGAAAAAAAAAGAUUAUCAAGACGGCAGCUGCUUACAGUAAAAUCUGUGGCGCUAGCCAUAAACUAGUUGGCAGAAGAAUUGCGAAGGCCAUGGCUGCUGCAAUGGGGGGUUUCUGUACUCAGUUCACCCCUUUCAAAAAGUCCCCUUACUUGUGGCUCUGUCAUUCAUCAUGCCCUCACACUUUUUCUACUUCUCGCUCCUUCUGGGCUCUUUCUAGUAAAGCCCUUUGCAGGCCAGAAUAUUGCAAAACCCAUUCUGGCUACAUAUCCUUCUCAAAUGUCGCAAACGGCCCUGCUUCUGAUCAUUCCGUUGUGAAGAUAUCAAGUAGGAGUCAUGUGUUUGUGCAUGACUAUCAGAGGCCUACUUACAAAUCCUGGGGUGACGUGACUCAAUACUAUAAGAGAAGAAAGGAAGCUUAUCGUGCUGAACGGACUUCUAGUUUGCCUAGUUUGACAGAUGGAAGUGAUCACAAAUUUAGACAGCAAAGCACUGAUAAUGACUUAUCUUGUCCAUCUACUAGUAAUUCACCUCUCUCGUUCAGAAAUGUUCAUGAUUCAGCUUGUUCUUCAGGAAACCUUAGCCUACCGAAUAUCGUAAGUGUGAAUACAAUUGCACCAGAUCGUGAGAUGAAGGACAACUUUUCAAGUAGCAGACAGCCUUAUACAUCAAAUAGCCAACAAGCAGACAUACACUGGAAAAUCUCUCCGAGGACAAUGCAGUUACCUUCAAAGUCUUCCCAACCUAAUAUUUCCCAGCCAAAAUUAUUCGAAGAACAGAAAGAAAAGUAUCCCUCAAUUGAUGAAGGCAGUGCUCAUAAUGUAACAAAAAGGGAGGCUGCUGCUGCAAUGUCUGUUGGUGUUGAAAAAAUAAAUGGAACCCCCACAGGAAAAGGAUCUGUGGAACCAGAAGCUAUUAUCCAGUCAAAUCUUCGUGAGAGGCUUGGUUGCAUUUAUGACAAGGUUCUUGUGGUUGAUACUGUCUCUGCUGCAAAGGAAGUAGUUGGUUUGCUCACAAAUCAAUACAGGCAUAUGGUCCAUGCAUGUGACACGGAAGUAUCAAAGAUUGAUGUUAAGCAGGAAACACCAGUUGAUCAUGGAGAAAUUGUAUGCUGCAGUAUUUAUUGUGGACCGGAAGCGAAUUUUGGAAAUGGAAAGUCUUGUAUCUGGGUAGAUCUUCUUGAUGAGGACGGGAGGAAUAUUUUGGCUGAAUUUGCUCCUUUUUUUGAAGACCCGUCAAUUAAAAAGGUGUGGCACAACUAUAGCUUUGAUAACCAUGUUAUAGAGAAUUAUGGACUUAAACUUGCUGGUUUCCAUGCUGAUACAAUGCACAUGGCCCGAUUGUGGAAUUCAUCAAGAAGAUUAGAAGGUGGGUAUUCUCUGGAAGCCCUUACCGGUGAUUCUUCUGUCAUGUCUGAUGCUAGGUUAUGCCUUGGUGAAGAGUUGAUUGGUAAGGUGUCAAUGAAAACCAUCUUUGGGAAGAAAAAAAUAAAAAAAGAUGGUUCUGAGGGUAAAGUUGUCACUAUUCCUUCUGUUGAAGAGCUGCAAACUGAAGAGCGCGAGUUAUGGAUUUGCUAUUCUGCUUUGGACUCGAUAAGCACUCUUAGGCUUUAUGAGAGUCUGAAAACUAAAUUAUCUAGGAUGGAAUGGAAAUUGGAUGGAGCUAGAAGAGGAUCAAUGUUUGAUUUUUAUAAACAAUAUUGGCGUCCAUUUGGUGAGCUUCUAGUGGAAAUGGAAACUGAGGGGAUGCUAGUUGAUCGUGCAUACCUCGCUGAGAUUGAGAAAGUGGCUAAAGCAGAACAAGAAGUUGCUGCUGACAGAUUUCGCAACUGGGCAUCAAAGUACUGUCCAGAAGCAAAAUAUAUGAAUGUCGGAAGUGAUGCGCAGUUGCGCCAACUUUUUUUUGGUGGCAUACAGAACAGAAAAAAUCGGGAUGAGACUCUUCCAAUAAAGAGGGGAUUCAAAGUCCCCAAUGUUGAUAAGAUCAUUGAAGAAGGAAAGAAGGCUCCAACAAAAUUCCGCACUAUUACUCUGCAUAGGCUUUUUGAUGACCAUUUGAAGAGUGACAUGUACACGGCAAGCGGAUGGCCCUCUGUUAGUGGAGAUGCUCUGAAGGCACUUGCUGGGAGUGUUUCUGAUGAAUUCGAUCUCAUAUAUGAAGCUGCUCAGUUGCAGUCUGAUGAUAGCUUCAGGGUGGCCAAUGAAAUGGAUGAAAGUGAUCUCGCUGAUAAAUCAGCUUGUGAUCAAGGAAGUGAGGCUUCCAGUGCCAUUUCUGCUCUAUGUGAAGUUUGUUCGAUAGACUCUCUUAUAUCCAACUUUAUUCUACCCUUGCAGGGAAGUCACAUAUCAGGCAAGAAUGGGCGUAUUCAUUGUUCACUUAAUAUUAACACAGAAACCGGGCGGCUUUCAGCAAGAAGGCCAAAUUUGCAGAACCAGCCUGCCUUAGAGAAGGACCGCUAUAAGAUUCGUCAGGCAUUUAUUGCUGCACCAGGGAACUCCCUGAUUGUUGCUGAUUAUGGGCAGCUGGAGCUUAGGAUUCUUGCACAUCUCGCUAACUGUAAGAGCAUGUUGGAUGCUUUCAAAGCUGGUGGAGACUUCCAUUCAAGGACAGCAAUGAACAUGUAUCCGCAUAUUCGAGAAGCCAUUGAACAAAAACUUGUUCUUCUUGAAUGGCACCCACAACCUGGUGAAGAGAAGCCUCCAGUUCCUUUACUAAAGGAUGCUUUUGCUUCUGAAAGAAGGAAAGCUAAGAUGCUCAACUUUUCCAUUGCAUAUGGAAAAACUGCGGUGGGGCUUUCCCGUGAUUGGAAGGUUUCUGUGGAGGAAGCAAAGAGUACAGUUGAUCUCUGGUACAGCGACAGGAAAGAAGUUCUGAACUGGCAACAAGAUCGCAAAGCUGAAGCUCGUCAGAGCAGAUGUGUCCACACAUUGCUAGGAAGAGCACGCCGUUUCCCUUCACAAAAAAGUGCUACUUCAGCGCAAAAAGGUCACAUUGAAAGAGCUGCCAUCAACACGCCUGUUCAGGGAAGUGCAGCAGAUGUUGCUAUGUGUGCCAUGUUAGAAAUUUCAAAGAAUGCACGCCUGAAAAAGCUUGGGUGGAAGUUGCUUUUGCAGGUUCACGAUGAAGUUAUCCUGGAAGGGCCAACAGAGUCAGCUGAGAUAGCCAAGGCCAUGGUGGUCGACUGCAUGUCAAGACCGUUCAACGGAAAGAAUAUUCUUAAGGUGGAUCUGUCUGUUGAUGCCAAGUGUGCACAAAAUUGGUAUGCGGCCAAGUAGAUAAUAUGUGGAUUGCCAAAACUUGUAUGGUCUUUGUGGCGGGCUUGCCUUUUGCACGUUGUCAAGAGCACAGCAUGAUCUCUUCAUGCUCCGAGGCGGCUUUAGCUGUCUCAAAAUUUUGCAGCAUCUGAUUCGUAUCAUACCUUCAGCUAUGGGUAGUCAAUGUGUCAUAAUUCUUGUUUUGCUUGUCAUGGAUGAAGGACUUCUAUGCAGUCUGAGCAUUCUGAGCAUCCGUUGGGAGUUAGAAAGCCUGCUGAAUAUUGAUUGAUUGUAUGUAGGAAAUUCUCUUAUUGGUUGUAUGUAAAUCCUAGGACGUUCGAGUCUCAUCUUAUUUUGUAUUUUCUAGCGUCGGACAUCUUUUACCUUAUUUUGUAGAAAACCUUUCCAUGAGAGGGAGAAUUGAAUAUUCUACCUUUAUUACCCUUUUUCCUAGAGUAACGAGUUAA